CGGUCUUCCACUAUUAGGACAAAUGGCAAAGACUUUACACAAGAAAGGAUCCAAGCCUAAGGGCUCACACAAGUCCUCCCAUUCUGAGUUGAAGAAGGGCAAGAAGAGAGUCCAUGAGGAAUCUGAGCAAGAAGAGGAUGAUACUGACAAACUUGUUGAUGAGUUAGAUGAACAGUUUGACGAUAUUGCUGACUUGUUGGAUGUGAAUUACAAGGGUAAGAAAGCUCUCAAGCGUGAAAAGCAACAAGAAGAGGAAGAUGACGAAGUAGAUGAUGGAGAAGAAGAAGAAGGAGAAGAAGAAGAAGAAGAAGAAGACGAAGACGAAGAGCCAUCUCAACCAAAUGCGUACAACGAGUCUGACCCUGUUAGUGAUAAGUUUGUUGACCAUAACCUCUCUGAACGUACGUUGAAGGCGAUCAGUGAUCUGGGAUUUACAAAAAUGACUCCAGUUCAGGCAAGAACCAUCCCUCCGUUGCUUGCUGGUCGUGAUGUCUUGGGUGCUGCAAAGACAGGCUCUGGUAAGACUUUGGCCUUCUUGAUUCCUGCUAUUGAAUUAUUGCAUUCUUUGAAAUUCAAACCAAGAAAUGGUACUGGUGUCAUUGUGGUGUCUCCAACAAGAGAAUUGGCACUCCAAAUCUUCCAAGUUGCGAGGGAGUUGAUGGCUCAUCAUACUCAAACUGUGGGUAUUGUUAUUGGUGGUGCUAAUAGACGUGCUGAGGCUGAGAAGUUGGUUAAGGGUGUUAACUUGUUGAUUGCUACCCCAGGUAGAUUGUUGGAUCACUUGCAGAAUACCCAAGGUUUUGUCUUUAACAGAUUGAAAGCCCUGGUGAUCGAUGAAGCUGAUAGAAUCUUGGAAAUCGGUUUCGAAGAGGAAAUGAGACAGAUCAUCAAAAUCCUUCCAAGUGAAAACAGACAAAGUAUGUUGUUCUCUGCCACUCAGACAACUAAGGUUGAAGAUCUCGCUAGAAUCUCCCUCAGACCAGGUCCACUCUUUAUCAAUGUUGUGAACAAAGAUGAGGCUUCCACAGCUGAUAGAUUGGAGCAAGGUUACGUUGUAUGUGACUCUGAUAAGCGUUUCCUUCUCUUGUUCUCCUUCUUGAAGCGUAACGCUAAGAAGAAAAUCAUUGUUUUCUUAUCAUCAUGUAACUCUGUCAAGUACUACGCUGAGCUUCUAAACUACAUCGACCUACCAGUGCUUGAUCUUCACGGUAAACAAAAACAGCAGAAACGUACCAACACUUUCUUCGAGUUCUGUAAUGCCAAACAGGGUAUCUUGAUCUGUACAGAUGUUGCUGCCCGUGGAUUGGAUAUUCCAUCUGUUGAUUGGAUUAUUCAAUUCGAUCCACCUGAUGACCCAAGAGACUAUAUUCAUCGUGUCGGUCGUACCGCAAGAGGUACAAAGGCACAAGGUAAGUCGCUGAUGUUUUUGACACCAAAUGAGCUAGGGUUCUUGAGAUACUUGAAGGCUGCCAAGGUUCCAUUGAACGAGUACGAAUUCCCAACGAAUAAGAUCGCCAAUGUCCAAUCCCAAUUGGAGAAGUUGAUUUCAUCCAACUACUGGCUACACCAAAGUGCCAAAGAUGGUUAUAGAUCUUAUCUUCAGGCUUAUGCCUCCCAUCAUCUGAAGACAGUUUACCAAAUUGACAAGUUAGAUCUUGUCAAAGUUGCUAAAGGUUUCGGAUUCACAACACCACCAAAGGUCAACAUCACCAUUGGUGCUAGUGGGAAAACACCAAAGACGCAGAACAAGCACAAGAAGAUCAAGGCCUGAGUGGUAUCAACCCGAGCAUGAAGAACAGAAAUAAAAGUGUACAUUAACUAUCACAUCCAUGAAAUUGGUCUAAUAUACAAUGUUUAAGUAAGAUUAGUUCUUGAUUAAUAUACAUAGAUGUUGAAAUCCUCUUCACGCAU